GAGUCAGACCACCAUGGUGGGCCCCACCAUGGUGGGCCCUACCACCAUGCUGAAUCAGACCACCAUGGUGGGCCCCACCACCACCCUGAAUCAGACCACCAUGGUGGGCCACACCACCAUGGUAGGCAUCACUACUAUGGUGGGCAUCCACACCCCCAAACCUCUGGUAUGUCCUACCAACACAGUGAGACUUCCUACUCUAGUAGACAAAAUUUACCUGGUGCAUCACACCACGGUGAGUAUGGCCACCCUGGUGAGUUCCACAGCAAAAGUCCUUCUUACCACCGUGAAGAUUCCUACCGCUAUGGUGACCCCUACCAUCACAGUGAAGACUACCACCAAAGGGGGUCCCAGCAUCGUGAACCCCACCAAUACAACAAGCUCCAUCCUCAUGACUACCAUCACCACAGAAAGUAUCCUCAUCAUCAAGACAGCAUUCUCAGCCAUCCCUCUGGGGAGUCCUACCACCACGGCUCACCUCACUUCCACAGAGAAUAUUACCAUGGCGGUCACCACCCUAGUGAGGACCACCAUGACGAGCACUACCACCACAGAGAUCACCACCAUGGAGAGCAGCACCAUGCUGAGCCACACCACGGUGAGCACCACCACCACAGAGAUUAUCACCACGGUGAGCAGUACCAUGUGGGGCCGCACCACAGAGAUCACCACCACCACCAUGGAGAGCACCACCACCACAGGGAGCACCACCAUCUGGAGUAUCACCACAGUUCAGCUCAAUACGAUCACCUCCACAGAGAUUCCUACAAGGACUACCACACAAGCGGCUCUCAUCUCUUUGAGCCACACAAGCCACACAGCAUCGUCGGUUCUGCUGCUCAUCUAGAAUCUACAAAGAGCUUGCCCCAUGGUGUGAUUCAGUCCCACACCACAGUUUACUCACGUGCCUCUCAGGCCUCCGACAAAAUUCAUCCUCAGGACUCCUCCUCCAAAGACUCAAAAAGCUGGUCUGAAGAUGAGCAAUAUCAGAGGCAAAAAAAGGCCCGAGGCCAGCGGACCCACAAGAAGUACACUAUGAACAUCUUCCAGCGGUUUUGUGAAAGAUUAAAAACCCUCCUUUGGCGUCCCUGGACAAUUAUCAGGAAUCUGACACAGUCCUCGGUCUUUGAAACCUUCAUCUUUCUCGUCGUCUUCCUCAACAUCUUCAUGCUUAUGGCCCAGACCUUUGCAGAAGUCAAGAUCAGGGGUGACAAGAAAGCUGAGGUCAGAGCAGCUGAGUCACACAGCCAUUUGGGGCUGAACCGGGAGAGGCUAGAGUGGUACUUCAUGGCUUUUGACUGCAUCUUCCUCAGCAUCUACAUGAUAGAAGCCCUGCUCAAGAUCAUUUCCCUGGGCCUGGAGUAUUUUUAUGAUCCCUGGAACAAUCUGGACUUCUUCGUCAUGAUCAUGGCCGUGCUGGACUUCGCGCUCAUGCAAGUCAACUCCCUCUACUCCUUCUACAACCACAGCCUCUUUCGGAUUCUCAAGGUCUUAAAGAUCAUGCGGGCUCUGAGGGCAAUCCGGAUCGUGCGGAGGCUCAGAAUCCUGACCAGCCUCAAAGAAGUAACAGGGACCCUGGUGGGGUCCUUGCAGUCCAUCAUAACUAUCUUCAUCCUCAUAUUUUCCUGCCUCUUGUUCUUCUCUAUGAUCCUGACGCUGUUCCGAAGAUCGGAUCCCUGGCGCUUCGAGAACUUCUUCACCACCAUGUUCACCCUCUUCACCGUGCUCACCCUGGAUGACUGGUCCCUCAUCUACAUGGACAGCCGUGCCCAGGGUGCCUGGUACAUCAUCCCCAUUCUCAUGAUUUACAUCUUCAUCCAAAACAUCAUCUUCCUCAACCUGCUGACCGCUGUCCUGGUGGACAACUUCCAGAUGGCCCUGCUCAGAGAUGAAGAGAAAGUGAAGCAGGAGAUGACCGCCUGGAUUCAUGAGAAGCUGCUAGAUGACUCCCUGACAGAGCUCAACCAAAUAGGAUGGUUUUGACUGCCUUUGCGGUUUUGUCAAGGUUACACACACUUGUCCAGAGUCAUUUGACACAGACUGAGUCUGCAAGAAUGAAGUUUCCUGGAUAUGUGGUCAUUUUCACACAUGACUCUUUAGAUGCGCUGAUUUUGAGCCAAAUGGUUUGCUUUUGACCUAAAGAUCCCCAGGACUUUAGAAUCUGAGUUCCAGAAUCCCACUCCUAAGAUCAUCAGCAGGGGACCGUCAUGGACACAUUCCAUCAAGAACAGUACACAACAGUUAAAGGAGCAGAAAAAAUUCAUUGGCCCCAAUUACUUAGCAAAUUGGAGGUGUAUGGGCUUUCAGGAAUGGCUGGAUCCAGGACUCAAACAACUGUCAGGAUUUGGUGUCUUCUGUAUCUGUGCUCUGUAGUCCUCUGAGUGGUUUUGUAGCUAGAGUAAUUCUUCCCCUGUGGCCCAAAAUGAUCGCCUGCACCUGUAGUCCCAGGUCCUAGCCAUCUGUAGGUCUCCCAGGAGAAAGCAUUCCUCUUCUCCCAGCUGUCCCAACAAACUCCCAGAGAUGAGCCGCCUCUGUUCGGAUGAGGUUACUUACUUAGUUUUGAACAAAUCACUGUAGGCUGUGAUUGGCUAGUCCACAGUCAUGUAUCCUGGGACCCCGGGGAAGGACCGACCCCAGCUAAACAACAUGAACUGAACACUGGUGGGGUCAGUUCCUCAGGAAAACUGAGACACAUUUUUUGAUGUUUUUUGUUGUCAUUGUUUUGUUUUGUUUUUGGUACUGGGGAACCCAGGAGUGCUCUACUGCUACUACUGACCUAUAUCCCCAGCCUUCCUGUCUUCCCUCCUUCUUUCCCUC